AUUUCGUGCAACCAAUAAAUAAGAGAAAAAUACUAUACAAAGAUAUAUAUUUUUUUAAAAAAUGCCAAGGUCCUUCCUGGUGAAAAAGGUCAAGCUUGAUGAUUUUUCAUCCGCAGAUCUCGAAAACUCUUACUGCAGACCCAGGACAAAUCUUACCGUUCAGCUACACGAAAAAGGAUAUAUUAGCGACUACAUCACCCCGUCCGUCUACGAUGGAGAAAACGACAGUGCCAUUAAAGUGCCCUCUCCUGAACCCAUCUACGACAGUGUGCACGGCGAUUACGAAGCCCCUGACUCAGACCAGCCAGACAGCCCCCAGUCGGAGAUCACAUCUGGUUACAUCAAUGGAGACAAUGCCGUGAGUGAAGGCUACACAGUGGACGCAUUCUUCAUCACGGAUGGAAGAUCAAGGAGAAAAGUCAUAAACAGCCCUAGGACGGUACAACGCCAUACGUGCAACGAAUGCGGCAAGACCUAUGCCACGUCUUCCAAUCUGAGCAGGCAUAAACAAACCCACCGGAGCCUAGAUAGCAAAAUGGCCAAGAAGUGCCAGACCUGCGGAAAAGUGUAUGUCUCCAUGCCAGCCAUGGCUAUGCACUUGCUGACCCACGACCUGAAGCACAAGUGUGAAAUCUGUGGCAAAGCCUUCAGCAGACCUUGGUUGCUGCAGGGACACAUGAGAUCGCACACUGGAGAAAAGCCGUUCGGUUGUGCUCACUGCGGGAAAGCCUUUGCAGACCGCUCGAAUCUGCGCGCCCACAUGCAGACUCACUCUGCUUUUAAGCAUUUCAAAUGCAAACGCUGCAACAAGACUUUUGCCCUCAAGUCCUACCUGAACAAGCACUACGAGUCCGCCUGCUUUAAAGGAGCAUUCUCGCCUUUAAGUCCGAUUGAAGCCUAACUUCAUUAUUAAGGAAAAAAAAACAAUAAUUAUAAUAAUAAUAAUACAAAUAAUAAUAAUAACAAUAAUAACAAUUCAAACAAAACUUUAGAGAAGGAUCUACUACUUCAUUUCCAGAAUAGCACAUUUCUUCUCAAUUUCUCCUUCAAUAAUGGAAUGAAGAAAAAAAUAAACACCUGUGGAUUUCGUCGCAUGUAUUUUAAGAUGACUUUUGUUUUUUUGUUUUUUUUUUCUUAAUGAAAGGAAAUAAAAAUGUAGAACCUAAAUAUCAUGUCGUUUUGCUGGAAACUCAGUGAAGACUUUAAAAUAUCUCCUCAUUUGUCAAAAAGGUCAAACCUUUUAUGAUUGGAUAAUAUUGUACUGCUGCCAGUGACCACAAAAGUGUUCACCUUUGAGGUAAAUGUAUUAUUAUUAUUAUUAUUAUUUAUUUGUUUAUUUAUUUAUUUAUUUA